UUGUGUAUAUUGUGAAAGAUUUUCUUUGGACAUUGGCUACCUUUUUCUCCUCCACCACUGCUCCAUCCUCUUUCCACCUCCUUACCUCAUGUCUCAUUAACCUACACAGAGGUCGGGGCUCUAACACAUGAAAAUGUGCAUAAAUGGGCUUAUUUAUUCUGAUGUUGUCACAGUUAUUUGUCAAUGGAUUCUCACGUGAUGACAGUGUAUUUGCCAAGUGUGCAAGGAUCCUACAGGCUAACAGCAACUAACAACAGCAAGAAAGCAGCAUUUACUAACAGAAAAGGUCAGGAAAUCCUCAACCACUCACACGAGUUGUCUGUCCCAUAGUCCCUACCGUAGCCUCAAUUAAACACUUGAAACAGAAUUCAGUUGACUGCAAUAUACUGACAUCUCGUGGUGACAUUUUACACACUGUAUCUCUUAAAUAAAUAAAAGAAAUCCAGCCUGACACAGAACCUGAGAGCUGCAUCUGGCCCUUCCACUGAUCCAUCUACUGUUUGUCUCUUUGAGGCAUCAUCAGAAACGGUCUCAGUCGAGGGGUGGUUGUCAAGAACCCAUCCUUAAGGAAAGGAAACGGGGCAAAAAAACUGAGUCCAGGUCAGUCUGAGCAUGCAGUCCUUGACCGAGGAGAUCCAAAAUUUCUCUCGGACGCGGCUGAGGAAGCAGUGCACCCGUGUGACCUCACUGAGUGGCCGUCGCAUCAUUGAGACUUGGAAGGGUUCAACAAUCACUGUGGUCGAAGACCCUGCUCCCCCUUCAGAGAAGAUGCUGGGAUAUGUCCCUGACACUUCCUGGGACCUGCAGGUUGGCAUUGUCAAGCCCUUCCUCCUACUGGGUUCUCAGGAUGCUGCACAUGACUUUGGCACGCUGAGAAAACACAAGGUGUCUCACAUCCUGAAUGUGGCCUUUGGGGUGGAGAAUGUCUUUCCGGACCUGUUCAUCUAUAAGACUGUCAGUAUUCUGGAUCAUCCCGACACCGAUCUCCUCCCUCACCUCCAGGAAUGCUGUGACUUCAUCCAGCAGGCUCAGACUGAGAAAGGCGUGGUGUUGGUCCACUGCAACGCUGGGGUGUCACGUGCACCGGCUGUGGUCAUUGGCUACCUGAUGUCAUGCGAUGGCCAGUCUUUUGAUGCUGCCCUCUCAUUGGUCAAGUCAGCUCGCCCCACCUCCUCACCAAACCCCGGCUUCCUGGAACAACUGAGGAACUACAAAACACCAGCAACGAAUGGGUCCUGAAGUACAAAGACAAAAUGAGAAGAGGGCUGGCUUAUCCAGAGGUACCAU